AUGUCCAUCAUCAACUUUGUGGGACAGUUUUUAAAGGAUAAAGGCUAUGAAAAGACUUUUGCUCAAUUGGAAUUGGAGUAUGGUAAACCAAUCAAAACUGAUAUUACAUCAUUACCAACGGAAGAAACUUUGGAAGAAAUUCUACAUGAUCGUAUAAACUUCAAAUCAAUGACAAAUAUCGAGCACGAUUCAUUCAAUCAUUGGAAAACACCAUAUCCCCAUCACAUUUCCAAUGAGAUCUUUGUGGGAGAAACCAUUGUAUCGAUAGAAUUAUUGAAAGAUAUCUUGUUGAUUUCCACUGCCAAACAAAAAUUGAUUCUCAUGAAAUUCAACGGCGAUAUCUUGAAUGUGUAUGAGAAAUUGAUAGGUGUGGUGAUCAAGAAAAUCAUCACUGAUGGCGAAAAGUUUGUGUUCGUAGGAGGUAUGGAUGGGAAGAUCUAUAAAUUUGAAUAUAAAGAUAAUGAAUUGGUAAAAGUGGAUGAAGUAAAGGUUCAUAGAAGACUCAUUGUUGACAUGAAAUACAUUGACGGAUACGUUUUAACUUUGGGAUUCGAAAAGUUGGUUAAAUUGAUAGACAGCAAAGAUUUGAAAGAGGUCAGUUCAUUGGAAACUAUGAACUCGCCUGUUUCAAUUGACGGAGUUUCUAUCAAUAAUGAGAUCAUAGCUGCUGUAGGGUAUACCGAUAAUACUUUGAUUGAUAUCUUCAAACUCACCAAUAACAGUGAGAGGUUAUACAAGUUAUCUAUCAGUGAUGCCGAGUUUUCCACAAGUAACUUCACUCCAAGAUCAAUUCACUUCAAGCAAGGUGACGAUUUACAAUUAGCUAUAGGAACAUCUCAUGAACCUUAUAUGAGAGUUAUCAUUGUUUCUGUCGACAUGGGUAACCCUGGAGCUGACCAACCCGAUGAAGUGCAACCAGGAGCUGAACCUACCAAGAUCAUACGUAAUAAAAUCAUCAAAAACAUACUAACCAUGUCCCCUCAAGAUAAAUACAGUGUACCAUUUAUAAAAUGGCGUCAAGAUAGUGACGGGAUCUGGGUAGGUGGAGAUGACGGUAAAAUUAGGGGAAUCAAUUUAUGUAAUGACGAAAUCAUCGAGAUCGUCGGCCACGAUAGUAAUAUCAAAUGGCUAACUAGUGUGAAUAACGGCGAUAAUUUAGUGACCGUCGGCGAUGAUCGGUUGAUAAAAAUCUGGAAGUAA